UCCAAUAAGAUGGGUGAAAGUUGUAUUGAACUGCAUACAGUGUGGUAUCACAAUGCGUAAAGAUCAUAAGAGAUGGUUCACUUGUCUGGUCAUUGCAAUGCUAUUUUCACACACAGUUGCAAAGCCCAUCAGUGAUACAAAUCGUGGAGACAAAAUUCACAUCUUUCCCAAGCUGACAUCACUGUGGUCGUUUAAGAAUCCAGAGACGGAAUAUACCUGUCCAAAUGUAGAUAGCAACUUUAACUUAACAAUAAAAGCAAGGCAAUACAAGUGCCGUGAUUGGGAAGACAUCAUAUGCAUGGACAGUGUAUCUGUAGGACGUGUAUUUUUCUGCAUUCCAAAAUCAACAAGUUGCUCAAUAGGAAUAGGUUGGACUGUGGAAGCUGUUGAUGGUCAAGAUGUUUCUGUGAAGGAGAGCUUUUGUCAGGUAGAUUACUACCAGAGUGAACCGUCGCGAUGCUACGAUGCUUGUAAGACCAAACAUGAGCGACUGGAUUUAAUUCCCCCUAAGUACCUGUUACACAGCAAGGGAGAUAACAAAGGUCCAGCCAUCUUGACGUGUAACGCUGCUGAUGGUUUUUACAAUCGAGACAAUAUAACAUGUGUUGCAUUUGAUUCCAAUUUGCCAGCUGAUUUCUGCACAAAUGUGAACAUUGUGAAUCCAUGUGCCAAGGGUUAUAUGCCCUUGAAUAAUGGGACUUGUUUAGACAUACGCAGCCAAGCCUAUCAGGAGUUGGUAACAAGUUCAAAGUGCAAAGCAUUGUCCGGCAAGGAUAGAGACUCAGAGAACAAAGAUGUUCCAGCAACAUUGAAACCUGUGGACCAAGGUGGAGUAUCUACAAGGAAAAGAAAUAACGAUGACAUGGAAGAUACAAGUGGAGAGAUAAAUGACGCGGAUGAUACAAAUGAAGAAGUAAAUGAUGUUGCCGAGAAAAAUCCAUAGGGGUGGAAUAAAAAUGACAGUUGUGAAAGUAGUUGUCAUGACAGUAGGACUGUCUGUUAUUGGCCUUGUUCUGGUUGUAGUAGUUAUAAAUAAUGGUUAGUCUGAUUAAAAUUUUUUAUGCUUUAUUAAUUCACAAGGGUACUAAAACUAUUUAAAACAAUAGAAACCUUUAUGCUUUUUAGCUCAUCUGUCACAAAGUGACAGGGUGAGCUUUUGUGAUCGCUUUUCGUCCGGCGUCAGUCCGUCCGUCCGAGCCAACAUUUGAUUAUUAUGAGCUUCAUUCCGUAGUUAAAUAAAGAACAUAAACUCAUAAAAUUCCGUCGUCCGUCCGUCGUCCAUAAACUUUUACUUUAAAUGACAUCUCCUCAUAAACCGCUGAGCCAAUUUCAUCCAAACUUCACAGGAAUGUUCCUUUGGUGGUCACCUUUAAAAAUUGUUCAAAAAAUUUAAUUCCAUGCAGAACUCUGGUUGCCAUGGCAACCAAUAGAAAAAACUUAAAAAAACCCAAAGAGGUAGAGCUUAGAUAUUUGGCAUGAAACAUCUUCUAGUGAGUGUCUAUCAAGUUUGUUCAAAUAAAGGCCCUG